AUGGCUUCUCUCACUCUGUAUCUGCUGCAGGUGCUGCUGCUGCUCGUGGUUUCUGCUGCCGCCUGGAACCUGGACUCAAGCUACUUAAGCUUCUAUGGUGGAUCAAUGAGCUUCACGCCUAAAGGACAGAAUUCAGAUGGGACGUAUAAGCUGGAACUCCGCAACAAACAGUCAACAUACAUGUGUAACCCCUUAUACUCUGACUACUUCUGUGGUAUUGGUGGCUGUGGAUCUAUCACCAAUAGCAGUGUCCAACAUAACAAUAUGAGUUCCCAUGGUAUUAACUGGUGCACAGCCGACAUAAAGAAAGAACUAAAACUCCACAGCAACACCCCCUUCGAGAUCAGAUUCCCAGGUCGGGUCAUUCCUUCACUUGGUCUGGGCCACUGGGCGACGGACACGAUGAACACAUGGAAAAUGAUGGGCCAUGUGGAUCUGGGAUCCCGGUCUGAUACGGGAGAAUCAAACAGAAUGCCUGUCACUACCAUGCUGCCUCUUCUCAGAGUAUCCAAGAGCUGCCCACGAUCCUUCAAAAUCCCAACGUUUGACCAUGAUGGUGACAACGUCAGAUGCAGGGUACCAACAAUGUCAAAUGGAUAUGAGUGUGGGAUAUGUCGCCUGCCUCAAGGUUUCUCUUUCGAUAUGAAUUCCUGCACCCUGCAGUAUACAUACAGUUCUCAAACUGGAAACCAACCCAUUGAGCUUGUAGUGGAGGACUUUCCCAACAGCCCCAUUCAGCUGCACUACUCUGAUGGAACCUACACAGAUAAGCUCCCCUUUACAAUGAGGAGGGAUAAACGCCAGCACUAUGACUACUACUACGGAACAACAACAACAACAACAACAACAACAACACUGCACCAACAACACUUGCACCAACAACAACAGCUGCACCAACAACAGCUGCUCCAACAACAACAACAACUGCUCCAACAACACUUGCACCAACAACAGUUACUUCAACAACAACAACUGCUCCAACAACAACAGCUGCACCAACAACAGCUGCUCCAUUGCACCAACAACAACAACAGCUGCACCAACAACAGCUGCACCAACAACAACAGCUGCACCAACAACAGUUACUUCAACAACAACUGCUCCAACAACAACAACAGUUGCACCAACAACAAUACUUGCAACAACAGCUGCACCAACAACAGCUGCACCAACAACAGCUGCACCAACAACACUUGCACGAACAACAACAGCUGCACCAACAACAACAGCUGCUCCAAUAACAACAGUUGCUCCAACAACACUUGCAACAACAACAACAGCUGCACCAACAACAACAGCUGCACCAACAACAGCUGCACCAACAACAGCUGCUCCAACAACACUUGCAUCAACAACUACAGCUGCACCAACAACAACAGCUGCACCAACAACAACAGUUUCACCAACAACAACAGCUGCACCAACAACAACACUUGCACCAACAACAAACAACAACAGCUGCACCAACAACAACAGCUGCACCAACAACAACAGCUGCACCAACAACAGCUGCACCAACAACAGUUGCAACAACAACAGCUGCAACAACAACAACAGUUGCACCAACAACAACAGUUGCACCAACAACAACAGUUGCACCAACAACAGUUGCAACAACAACAGCUGCAACAACAACAACAAACAGCUGCACCAACAACAGUUGCACCAACAACAACAGCUGCUCCAACAACAGUUGCACCAACAACAACAGCUGCAACAACAACAACAGCUGCACCAACAACAACAGCUGAUCCUUACAGAAGGACAAUUGCUGCUUUGAGCAAGCUUUCUCUGCUGUUUAGUGUUCAAGUGGACUCAUACUCUCCCCCUUCAUGCCUUGAUGGUGAUUACUUUCCCAUUUUCUUGGCGCCAACUCCGAGCAAUGGGGUGGAUCUUCCUGCGUUUGUUAACCAAACCCUCAACAUCAAAGUCAAAUCCAGAGCCCAAUAUUCCACGAUUCAUAACUUGAUUGUUACUGGACCAAUGGGCAUUUCAAAAGAGAAUAUCUCCGCAGAAGAAUAUAUCAUAAAAUGGACACCAACUGAAAAUGAACUGAACGGCCAUUUUCCUAUUUGCUUUGUUUCUGAAGCAAUUGACGAAUGGGGCCGAGUCUUUCAAUCCGAGCUACGCUGUGUCAUUGUAGAUGUCGGACACUAUGAGACCAAAGUGACAUGCAGUGAAACAACAAUGACGGUGGAAGUGGAGAAGUCCUACCUUAUCAGACACCAUGAGGACAACUUGCAUCUGAAAGCCUUGGGCGAUUCUUCCUGCGACCUGGCAACGCGCUCCAACGCGACCCACCUGGUGGCGGUCAUGUCGCUAAAUGCAUGUGGAACCUUUGUAGAGGAGAAAGACGACAACAUCAUCUUCAAGAACGAGAUCACAUCUGCUAACCCGCUAGAUAUAAUUACCAGGCAGCACGACGUUGAGAUCGUCUUCUUCUGCUGCUAUCCAAUGCAAACCAACUUGACCCUGGGAUUCACGCACAAAAACCCGUACGCCUUCCAAGAUAAGGGAUUCGGUGCAUUCACAUUCCAGUUUGAAUUUUUUGAAACCCAGCGUUUCCAAAAACAAGUUGACUCCAACGUUUACCCAGUGGAGGUGUACCUCAAACAGAGGAUGUUCAUGCAGAUCGAAGCGACCACCUCCAUCCCCAACACUGAGCUGUUUGUGGAGACCUGCAAGGCGUCUCCAUAUGACAACACCAACUCUCAAAUCAGCUACACCAUCAUCGAAAACGGGUGCAUGAGGGACGACACGGUUACAAUCUACCCUAGCCCCAAGACUCACUUCAGAUUUGGAAUGGAGGCUUUUGAGUUCAUCGGUGCUCAUGAAUCGGUGUACAUCACUUGCACCGUCAUCCUGUGUCAGACUGGCGUUCCAGGGACCAGGUGCUCUCAGGGAUGUAUCCAAUCCAACUCAGGCAGAAGCAGAAGGGAAGCUGGGGCCGAGUCCUCCAGCCACUCCAUUUCCCAGGGACCUUUGCGCCUGGCUAACAUUUCAGACAGCAAAUUAUCUGGUCCGAGCAUGAGUCUUGGCAUGAACAUCCUCCUUGUUGCCGGCUGCUUCCUGGUAUGCGGAGCAGUAAUCUAUCGUUCAAGGAGGUCCAGAGCUAAAUACAUGCCCCUGCCAUCCUUUGAGUCAGACUAAACACAGAAAUGCCCUUUUGAACUUCUCUGAUUAUAAGAAAGAUGAUCAGAUACUGUGUAAUGUUUACUAUAGUCCAUGUGUUUAGGGUAUUGGUGGUUUGAAUCAUUGUCUCACUGUCUAACAGUGUGUCUUUGCUUUUACAUGGGUGAAAGACUCAUUCAUUAUUGAGGUUUGAUACAAUCAAUGUGGAAUAUAGUUUUUCGUGGGCAGUUUUUCACACCCCAGCGGACAGUCAGAACAUCUGUGAAAGAAAGGAGGCAUAGUUUUUUUUAUGAAGGAGUCCACAAAUGAAUCUCUGUGGACAUGAAGUAUCUGCAGUUCAAUCAAAGUUAUACACUUUUCUUCAAUUACUUUAAAUCCAGGACAUGGGACACCGAUGUGACAUAUUAUCAAGGUUAAUAGGGGGACAAAGUAAAGCAACAAGAAGGUAACAAUGAUUAAAAAGCACACCUUUAUAUACCUUCCAAGUGCAUGAUAAUAAUGGUUAUAAGAAAAACAAAAUAAAAAUACUUUGAAAAACAAA